GCACAUCUGGUGCGCGCGGCGGGCUCGUGACAAAUUUGAAACAAUCUUUUUUUUUUACUCCUGCGGAUGUUCCCGACUUUUAGACCUUAAUCUGAUUAUACUUUCACUUCACUCUGGUGAUCGGUCUAUAUUCAUCCGGGCUGUAAGCAGAAGCUCCAGGGGCUGGAUGAUUGGAUGGAUGGAUGGAUGAAUGGAUGAAUGGAUGAGAGGUGGAAACAUCUGCAGCAGCAGCAGCUGAGGGACUCUGAGCUGCAGGAUGAAACAUCUCAGGAAUGAAAUGACGGCGAGCAGAUGAGAGCACAGCUCUGUGUUCACUUUAACACGAGUCACUGUGGAGUUCAGACGUGAGCAGAAACUGAUCUGAGUGGAUUAUUAAAAGGCAUGAAUCAGAUGAUACUUUCCACCGAGGAGUGGACUUCGUCUCUUCCACCCAGACCUGCAGCUGCUCCAGCUGCUGCUGCUGCUGCUGCUUCUAAGAGACGCUUUGUGAAGCUGGGCAGGAAAACAAGUGAUGGCUCUGUGCAAUCGGCUUCAUCCACCGGCAGUUCAGCCGAGGGCACGCCCAUCAGACAGCCCAGCAAGAGCCGCAUCCGUCGCCAUACCAACCGCCUCUCGGGUGUCUUCCUCCGUGGCCCCGCCUCCAGCUCAGGCUCCAUGGCACUCCCGUCCGGUCUCAGGACAUCGCUGUCCAUACAAACCAGGAAGAGCAGAGUGAUCUGUGCCGACGCGUUAGUUGCGGACGACCCGUCUGAGCUGUCCAAUCAGAUCACUGCUCCGGGAAUCCUGAAGAUCUUUGGGAAUGAAAUCUGUGAAGGAGCUCACUACAAGAGCGUGCUGGCCACCACGCACUCCAGCGCAAAAGAACUUGUCAAAGAGGCUCUGGAGCGGUAUGGCCUGAGCAAGGAGGAGGCAGAGUCGUACGUUCUCUGCGACACCAUCGGCUCCAUCGACCAGCGCCGCUGGAGGACCGAGGGGUUCCGAGUCGUCGGCAACAACGAGAAGCCCCUCCUCCUGCAGUCACUGUGGAAGCCAAGGGAGGGCCUGGCAAGGCGGUUCGAGAUCCAGAGGAGGAGCUCGGUAGAGGAGAAGGCAUUGAAGGACAAAGACACCGUCACUGCAGGACUCAAUGCCCAGGCACGGAAGCUGCAGAAGAGCCGCUCCAGAGUGGCGUCCACCCUCAUCGACAGGACCGUGGGUCAAAGUCACAAACUGUGGAGAAGCAAGAGUGAGAUGGAUCUCUUAGAUCCCGACGCAGACACAAGGCGGGACACGGACCGUGACCACUGUGUCAAGGAUCGAAGCGGGAGUCUGAAUCAAACCUCGCUGCAAUGCAAAACAAGCCCAGAACAGAACCACAUUCACAGGCUCGCCGUUCCCUCAGAUGCGGCAACAGAGACCCUCUGUCCGGCAAGGCCAAGAGGCGAACGGGAGGCAGAGGAGUCGGAGAGGGAGGAGACAGAGAGCAGCGACGAUAACACCACACAGUACUCCAUUCACCCUCCUUAUGACUGUCCGUACCUGCUGCUGCUGCAGGGCUGCAGCCCCGCACAGGACUACGUCAUCUACCUCCUCGCGGGGACAAAAACUGCAAUCGGACGCCAGAGCGAUCAGGACAACGGGUCAAAGCUCGACAUCCUGCUCUUUGCCACUGACAUCCUGAGUCCGAGUCACUGCUACUUCCACCGGCCUGGAGUUGGCGCUGCCACCGCGCUCUGCCCGUGUCAGGACGCUGUCGUCACCAGGAACGGUGAAGUGCUGAAGGAGGAAGUGCUGCUUAGUCCUGGUGAUGUCAUCGGACUGGGGCAGUUCUACUUGUUUCUUUUCAAAGAUCCUUUAAACUUGAUGCACAAGGAGGUGAACAGUUCUGCUCCUGAGUCUGGCUUGUUGGCCGUUCCCUGGAUGCUGGGACACAACACUUCAACAGACCACGCUACAGAAAGGAACCUCGGCAAUUCCCGCACCUCAACCUGCACCGAGAGUGUGAGCAGCAAACAGGUUCUCAGCAUGUGCCCCCCGUGUAUAAAAUCCUCUCAGGGCCACAGCCUGACUCUGAACUAUGAGGCAGAGGACGAGGACCACAUCGUGAAGGAGAUAGUGGACAUGGGAAGUACCAGACUCGAAGACAGACCCCCACUGACUGCUGCAUUUUUGCUGUGCAUGUGUGUUCAGCAUUCUUCCACGUGUCUUCAUAAAUCAGACCUGCGCAGGCUCCUGCUGCUGAUUGCCAGUGGAGUUCAGAGUGCCAUGUGGGAACACACUAAAGAUCUCGCUGCAGUCCAGCCUGAAAUUCUCAGCGGCGAAGGCCCAAACUCAGACAACCUCCAAACCCUCAGUCUGCAGGACGUCAUCUCAGGACUGCGCCCCCUGGUGGUGUGGAUGUCCAACAGUCUGGAGCUGCUGCAGUUCAUCCAGUGCCAGCUGCCUCUUAUCCUGGAGUGGAGGACCAGGAACGAGCAGGGAUUGGAGGAGGAGGAGGAGGAGGAGGAGGAGGAGGAUGAAGAGAGGAGUGAUGCCUUGUUGGAGCUUCAUCUGUCCUGUGUCCGUUCAGCCAGCGAGGAAACUAUGGCCGUCCUGGAGGAGGUCAUCAUGUUAGCCUUCCAGCAGUGUGUUUACUACAUCACCAAGAUCCUGUACCCGAUCCUUCCCGGACUUCUGGACUGCAACCCGUUCAGAAAGAUCCCAGACCAGCAGGUGACUGCUUCUGCUGCAGAGUGUGCUCGGGUCCUGGGUAUGAGUGGCCUGCAGGUCCCUGGCGAGGUCCAGCAGGUUGUGGAAGUUCUGAACGAGGCCUGGAUCCUACUCUCAGACUGUCAGCUCCAUCCAGAGAUUUCCUCCCAGCUCAUUGGCUACCUCUUCUACUUCAUCAACGCGUCGCUUGUCAACUCGCUCAUGGAGAGAGGCUCAGAGCCAGGUUUUUACCAGUGGUCCCGGGGCGUGCGGAUGCGGGCCAGUCUGGACCUGCUCCUGGACUGGGCCCACACCGUGGGACAGGGAGAAACAGCCUUGGGGCAAACGCACACACUGGCAUCAGCGAUUAAUCUACUGGCCACACCCCGAAAGAAUCUACUGCAGACAUCUUGGAAGUCCUUGCGGUGUCACUACGCUGCCCUGAGUCCAGCUCAGCUGAACCACCUGCUGAGUCUGUACAGUCCAGGUUCUCCCUGCAGACACACGUGGACUCCAGCAGCACAGGACCAGGCAGCCAUACUUAGAACUGCUGAAAUCCUGGAGAGCUUUGACACCCAGCAUCCUCUGGUGCUGCCGGGCGGCGGUCACCAGUUCCAGCUGAGGAGGUCGGUGGCAAACUUGGCUCUGACGGACGAGCUGGACAAACUCGUUGAGUUUAUUUCCUCGCUCCGUAAACAGCAGUCGGCGGAAGAUCACCAGGAUAGAAGCUGCCGUCAGGUGACUGUCCAGAACCACUCACCCACCUUACCUCCAUCGCCCCCAUCGCCGCCCUCCCCUCCGUCCACCCAUAACCAGGACGAGUUCACUUCCUGUGGCGCUUUCCUCCUGUCCCAGAAGCUGAGACAUCUGGAGCUGCAAAUCACCGGCACGAAGAGCAGUGAGACGAGGAGGUCGGCACUGGACCCGUCGUGUCUGCUCACGCCACCCAACACCCCGCACCACAUGGACCCUGAUGAGGUGGCAAAGCCCGGUCAGGAUAAACGGAUGAAGCCUGACAUCGAGAUGCUUCCCUGGACCUCAGAUGUAGACGAUGAAGGUGGAUUAGUGUUUGAAUGUCUGGCUGCAUUGAAGGUAGACCGUUUGAAACAAGACUGCCCCAGUAUGAAAAGAAUCCUGGAAAUUAAAGAGGAGGAAGAGGAGGAGGAGGAAGAGCAGGACAACCAUUAUGAUGACACCAAUGACGAGGUGUUCAGUUUGGAACUGGAGCGAGGUGAAAGGGGACUUGGUCUCUCUUUGGUUGACACAAGGGAAACAUCGUUCAGGGUGAAAGGCAUCUUCAUCCAGUCGGUGGUUCCGGGCUCUCCUGCAGCUCGGUGUGAAAAGCUGGUACCAGGAGACCAGAUCCUGGCGGUCAAUGGAGUUAGCCUGCUCGGCUUGGACUACAAGAGCGGAAAAGAGCUGAUCCAGUCAUCAGGGAACCGACUGAGAUUACUGGUGACCCGUUGUGACUGGAUGGCUAAAGCUAUGGAGACAGGAUGCUGAGUUUUAUUCAACCAAGAGAUUGUUGAAGCACCACACACACAGACUAUGACUGUGAAGGCUUGUCUAUGAUUCAAGCUCAGAUUACGGACAUUUGAUUUUUGGAUGUGGAUGUGGUUCGAAGGAAACAAAUGCACUAAUGAAUGAGUUGAAUCAUCCUUGAAGUGAUUAGCAGGUGUUUAGCUGCUCAAUGGAGGGGGGAGUAGCAGUUACGCACAAGUGGGUCACAAAUCAGCCUUUUUCUCUAUGGAGCUCCCCUUACAGUUUUGGAGUACAUAUGUCGUACAUAUUGUCUACCACUGCCUUCCCCUCAUCUGGUCAUGGAGUCAUGUCCAUCAACAUCCACUUUGCUUCUGGUCCCUCGAUCAGUCGUUUCCUCUGCCUCGCUUCCUCCUCUGCUCCUUUUUUGCCGGCUCUGCCAUCAUGGACAUCUAAAAAAACGCUUUCCCACUGUCCUGUGAUUGGCCAGGUACCUGGAAGUGACGUAAUAGAUAGGCCAGCUCUCAGAUACACAGCUCCCCCUCUGGCACGGUGGAUGCUCUGCAUCUCAGCAGCUACAACGAGAGUAGUUCUUCUUCUUCUGCGGUUGAAUGUACACAACCGGAUGUGCCAGGAGGCGAUACGGUGUUGAGGAUUUCUGAUGACGACAUCAAAUUACGAAAGUGCCGAUCCGCUUCGCAGAGCCCAGGAAAACAAUACAACACUAUUUUCUCAGCAGUGGCUGAACUGUUUGUUCUGAAACGUUAAGUUUCAUAAACGAGGUAAUGACGCAGAUACACACACACAAACGCAGCGUUAAUUGUAGCUUCCGGUCUAUGUCGCCUUUAACAUUAUUUAGAACAUUUCAGAACAGUGUUCCCCAAUCCUGCUGGUCCUUGGCAACCCCUGUUCUGCAUGUUUUAGAUGUUUUCCUGCUCCAACACACCUGAUUGAUUUCAUCACCUUACCAUAAUUAGUUUCUGAGAUUUGGAAGUGCUUCAGAACUGUUUUGGAUGUCCGUGGAAGUUACAAAAUAUAGUUCUUUGCCCGGUAAAGGGUCAGUCCCAGACAAACAUUUGGCCCAGAUCCUGCCCACUUUCUUCACUUUCAUCUGGCCCACAUACCGCACGGAAUGAUGACUCUUGGGCACUCUGCUCUUGUUUGCCAGAUCUGGGCCAAAAAGAAAAUGGCCUCUGCAUCACCACGUGUCAGCAACGUUUGCCAAAGGUGGCUUACAUAUGUCUCAAGAUGUUUGGGCUAUAUUUAUUAUUGAUGACAUGGCCCACUUUAGGGUGACAUCCAGAUUACACAAGGCUACAAGCACCGCAUAUUUGCCAAAGUGGCUUUACAUCCACUUUGACUGUACCCGAUGAAAGCAGUGCCACAUAAUUGCCUGACGUAGCUCACAUUCAGAUGCUAAUAAUAAUCUGGGAUUAGGUAGUCCCUCCCUGGAGCUUGAGUUGUGACUUUUCUUGAAGACGUUUCACCUUCUCAUCCCAAGUUAGCAUAAGAACAAAUCAGCUAUGAGGCAUUGUUGACUGUUCCAGGUAGCCCUUCUUUCAUUUGAGGAACGGGCUUUAAUCGCCAAUUCUACAACAAAAUGCUUUUUUUCCAAAUGCGUUGAAAACACUUGGGAACAGAGGACAUGAAACAAAACUAUGUGGAAAUGAGACCCAGACAUCUGUGCUUAAGUUUGAUUUCGGGACACCACUGUUUAAAGGCAAGGCAGCUUUAUUUAUACGGCACAUUUCGUGCACAGGGGCAACGCAAUGUGCUUUCCAUAAAAAAAACCCAAUUGCAAUAAAAAUUAGAAACAGAAAAUGGACGAGAGUAUAAAACUUUCAAUAUUAAUUCAAUCAUUCAACAAACAUGUUGCCUUCAGUGAUUUCUCAUGUUAGAAAAUAACAGGCUGUUGGAAUUACAUUAGUGCAAUAUACAGUAUCUAUUUCUCAUUUGUCUCUUGAAAAAGUAAGAAGCACUAAGACAUACUGUCACUGCCAUUGUUGAACUUUUUUUGUUAUUGAUAUUUUUGAUAAAAAUCUAGUAUGUGUAAUAUGUGUGAUAUUUUGAAGUGUGGUCCUUAAAAAAUAAUUUUGGUGACAAAGUUUCUUUGAUUAUUUGUGGACAUCGGGUUGGAACUGGGUGGAGCUGAAGCACAUCCCUCCGAACUUUGCACCGUCUUCAGUGACUUUGCUCGUCGACUUUGUCCAGAACCCAUGGAAAUGUGUAUUUGAAGUCCUUCAUUUUGUCAGUGUAAACUGCAUCAAAAUAUUCUGCCUCUGGGACUGUUAGCUGGUUUUUCCAGUCUCCAACGAUUCCUGAAACACAAGAUGUUGAAGGUGUUUAUCCUUACCUUGAGCGUUAGAACACAGUUAAAAAUUUGUAAGUGUUCACUUGUGCAAGCGUAAUGUGCAAGCAAAGCCAAUCCAAACUUCAUGGCUUAAUGCGUUCAAAUUUGGCAAAAUGACUGACAACCUGAUACAGUUGUUGUGUAUCUGCUCCUGGUCUCUAUCUCUAUUGUGUCUGUACCUCAUCUCUCUCUUGUCCUUUCUCUCCCCCCUUUCUGUCCCCCACCUCUCCUCUGUCCCCCAUUUUCCUUUCACCCCAACCGGUCAAGGCAGAUGACUGCACACCUCUGAGCCUGGUUCUGUCAGAGAUUUCUUCCUGAGGGAGUUUUUUCUCUCCACUGAUGCCUAGUGUUUGCUCAUUGUGUGAACUGUUGGGGUUCUCUGCUCUCCUUGAUGUUGUCUAUGUACAGUGCCUUGAGAUAAUGUAUGUUAUGAUUUGGCGCUAUACAAAUAAAAUUGAAUUGAAUUGAAUUGAA